CAGUGUGGGGCUGGAAUGUCAACAGCUGGCUGGGACUUGGAUUUCAUCAUGGAUUCCAGCGGCCGCCUCGUUUGGAUCCUCGUCUCCGGGAUCGGGCUUCACCUCACUCUGGCCGCAGUCUUCAUAAAGCAGGAUGAAGCAAACAGUCUUCUGCACCGGCAAAGAAGAGCCAACUCUUUCCUUGAAGAGCUGAGGCAGGGUUCUCUGAAGAGAGAGUGUUUUGAAGAAAAGUGUUCAUUUGAGGAAGCCCUGGAAAUUUUCAGGAAUACCGAAAGGACGAAAGCGUUCUGGGUUUCGUACACCGAUGACAACCAGUGUGAUUCCAAUCCCUGUCAGAAUGGAGGGACCUGUGUGGACCAGAUCCAGGCUUACGUCUGCAACUGCCCUGAGGGCUUCGAGGGCCGCAACUGCGAAAUAAAUAAAUGCAAGCUGCCGGCCUGCAUCUCUGAAAACGGCGGCUGUGAGCAUUACUGCAGCGAUGACCCGGAUACGAUUCGUCGUUGCCGCUGUGCGGAGGGAUACACUCUGGGCUCUGAUGGAACAUCCUGUGUCCCCGAAGUUGACUAUCCGUGUGGGAAAAUACCAGUUCUGAGAAAAAGGAAUGAAAGCAAACCAGAAGGGAGAAUUGUGGGUGGAUAUCUAUGUCCUAAAGGAGAAUGUCCAUGGCAGGCUCUGAUAAUGAUGAAUCAGAAACUGCUCUGCGGGGGUACCCUUCUAUCUUCCACCUGGGUGGUUUCUGCCGCUCACUGCUUUGAAAGGAUCAACUUUAAAAACAUGCAAAACCUAACAGUAGUUCUGGGGGAGCACGAAAUAGGCCAAAUAGAAGGGAGCGAAUCGGAAGUGGGAGUGCGGAAGAUCAUCAGGCACGAGCUUUACGUCCAGACGCAGACGGACCACGACAUCGCCCUGCUCCUCCUGAGCCAGCCGGUGGUUUUCAGCGACUUCGUGGUGCCGCUCUGCCUGCCCGAGUGGCGGCUGUCCAUCGGCGAGCUGGCCAUGGUGCGACGGUCCUCCGUGAGCGGCUGGGGCCAGCUCCUGGAGCGGGGGGCCACCUCCCUCCACCUCAUGAGGAUCGAGGUGCCGCGGAUCAAGACGCAGGAUUGCAAGAAGUGGAUCAACCACUCGGCCCAGGCCCCCGUCAUCACGGACAACAUGUUCUGCGCCGGCUACCUAGACGGCUCCAAGGACUCCUGCAAGGGCGACAGCGGCGGCCCUCACGCCACCAAGUACAAGGCCACGUGGUUCCUGACGGGCAUCGUCAGCUGGGGGGAGGGCUGUGCCUCCGUCGGCCACUACGGCAUCUACACCAGGGUGUCCCAGUUCAUUGAGUGGUUGAACAGGAAUAUGGAUUCCUGGACGCGAAAGGGGGCGGAAGCUGAGGUGACGAUUCGGAGGCCUGCCUGGGCCAGGAGCAGGGACCCUAUCCCCAUCCAGGCCGGGAAGAAGCUCUCCCUCAGACCCCUUUCCCAACACCAAGGUGAGGUCACGGCGGCGACGGGAUUGGCGCCCCAGCUUCAAUGUGACUUCUCUGGCGUUGGAGAAGAUCUGAGUGUUCAGCUGAGGGUUUGGUGUUUGAUAAGGAGGAAUGGAGAAUUUGGAGCAUAUGAAAGUCCCCCCAGGGUGGCGAUCCUGAAUUGCUACAUUUCCAACAUUCCCAGAGGGGUUGGAAUUGAAUGGAAAUUAGAUUCCAGCGCCCCUCAGCUCACAGGGGACAGACCAGCUGAAAACUGGGGCACGGUCCAGCUUACCUUGGGGUGCAGCGAGUUUGACAUCCUGUGGACCACCCCCACCAGUCCCCCGGGCAAGACAUUGCUCUGGGCAGGCCCCGCGGCUGCCGGGGAGACAGGGCGGCUCUCCACAGCCAUGGCGGGCCGGCUGCAUCUCGUGCUGCUGCUGUUCGCUUGCUUGUCCGCCCUCCCACCCGCUGUGGAAAAUGUGUUCAGCAGUCGAGAAAAUGCCAACAAGGUUCUGGAACGGGCCAAGCGGGCGAAUUCGUUAUUUGAGGAGCUGAAGAAAGGGAACCUGGAAAGGGAAUGUGUGGAAGAGACCUGCUCCUUCGAAGAAGCCAGAGAAGUGUUUGAAGACACGGAGAAAACUAAUGAAUUUUGGAAUAUAUACAGAGAUGGCGACCAGUGUGAAGCCAAUCCUUGUCAGAAUCAAGGACUGUGUAAGGAUGGCCUCGGCGAAUACACGUGCUUGUGUUCAGCGGGAUACGAGGGCAAAAACUGUGAAACCACAACCAUCAAGAUCUGCAGCUUGAACAAUGGAGACUGUGAACAUUUCUGCAAAUCUGGUGUCAACUCGGUGGUCUGUUCCUGUGCUCAGGGCUACAUCCUGGGAGAUGAUAAAAAAUCCUGUAUCCCCACAGUUCCUUUCCCGUGUGGGAAACUCACGGUGGAAAGGAGGAAGCGGUCAGCUGAAUUGCCUGAGAAGCAGGAUGAUGACAACGCUCACAUCACUGAAGAUGUCUUAGAGGCCACGGAAAAUCCCUUCGAAGCCGAGCCUCCAGACCAGAACAUGACCCUUGCGGAACCUGGCGAAAAUGCCCUUGUGAGGAUAGUUGGAGGAAGAGAAUGCAAUGAUGGGGAAUGUCCUUGGCAGGCUCUCCUCGUAAACGAUGAAAACGAUCAAGGGUUUUGUGGCGGGACUAUUCUGAACGAGUUCUACAUCCUCUCUGCAGCUCACUGCAUGCACCAAGCAAAAAGGUUCAAAGUUAGAGUAGGGGAGCGGGACACCGAGAAGAAAGACAGCAGCGAGAUGGCGCAUGAAGUGGAGAAGGUGAUCGUGCACAGCAGGUUCGUGAAGAAGACCUACGACUUCGACAUCGCCAUGAUCAAACUGAAGACCCCCAUCACGUUCCGGAUGAACGUCAGCCCGGCCUGCCUGCCCGAGAAGGACUGGGCCGAGGACGUCCUGAUGAACCAGAAAGCGGGGGUGGUCAGCGGAUUCGGGCGAGUCCACGAGAAGGGCCGGCCUUCCACCAUCCUGAAGAUGCUGGAAGUUCCCUACGUGGAGCGGAGCAGGUGCAAGCAGUCCAGCAGCUUCGACAUCACCCCCAACAUGUUCUGCGCCGGCUACGACUCCAGGCCCGAAGACGCCUGUCAAGGAGACAGCGGGGGGCCCCACGUGACGAAAUACAAGGACACCUACUUCGUCACGGGAAUCGUCAGCUGGGGGGAAGGGUGCGCGCAGGAUGGGAAGUUUGGCGUCUACACCAAAGUGGCCGCUUUCCUCAGCUGGAUAAAGAGGAUGAUGAGGCAAAAAGCAGGUCAGUAGAUACGAAAGAGGGCCGGAUGCUGAGGUCGGUCUCCUAGCGGAGGCGUUUCCACCGGCGGUUGGCGUGGCUUGUACACGGGCCUCCCCGUUGAAUUAAAAGAAUUGUUCUACCACCGGCUUCUGGGGGCCCAUCUCUAUGUUCUCUCUCCUCCCACCGCUUUUAAGGGCGUUUCUCAUUUAUAAAAAUGCAGUUUCACUUC